GCGAAGUUGUUCCGUGGUGCGUGGGCAGGUGGACAAUGGGCUGAUCAAGCUCAUUAUAUUAGCGCAUGAAGUGUUUCUGUGGCCCCCCUCCACGUGCCCGUGGGAUCAUGGGAAGCCGGGCGCUCUGGGCUCUGCUCUUUGUCCUCAAGCUCCAGGAGAACCACGGCAACGAGGUGCAUGAGCUCCCCGGGCCACAGGCAGUGAAGCUGGAGACAGACUGGGAACUACAACGCAUAUCUGUCAGCUGGGAGCAGAGGCCCUUGACCCACAACCUUACAGACCAACUGCUCUUCGACAUCGAGGUUCUCCGAAACAAAAAGACUGUGCACAGCGAGACCAUCGAGCCAAAUCCAGUCCUGAAAAGGCAGCAGUGGAACUGGACUUCAGACAUCCCCCUGAACUGCACCUCGCACUGCGCCAGGGUCCGAACCCGUCUGCUCAACCGCACCAGCCACUGGAGCUUCACACAGACUGCUGAUGGGAUGGAUGUUUCUUCCCACAAGUCCUUGCAGGUGUUUCCCUCCACUGAUAGAGUGGUGGAGGUGGGCAGUAGUGUAGAUUACUGCUGCAUUAUGAGUGAGGGGCACACAAACAGGACAUCACAUCACAUCACAUACAACCUCAUAGCCCCAGCUGUGACCCGCAUCAGUGACCGGAGCUUCGCCGUGCACCUGCGCAACCUGGCGCCGACCAAGACCUCCGGCAACCAUCUGCAGUGCGACGCCUCGAGGGGCGCCGAUGCCACUCUUUUUGUUGGCUACCCCCCUAGUGUCCGGAACUUGGUGUGUGAGACAGACCUGGUGAAUCUUACCUGCCACUGGGACCUGGAGCGUGACACAGAACUGUAUGGAGAACGGAAAACUCUGUACUCCUUGAAUGGAAGGAACUGCAAAGAUGAAAAUAUACUAAAGCAAUGCAUGAUCAGUGUGGCCCUGGGUCCGGGCGAGAAGAACUGGACCCUGACUGCCAGAAACAGGCUUGGCAGUAUGGAGCUCACGGACAGAGCGGACCUGAGGCACAGAGGCAGGUUGCGCCAGACAUCGCCGUUCAAUGACAUCACCAAGUCCCCAUUUCUCUCUUAUUCAGAAUUUUAUCUUGGGUAG